CCCACUAGUGCUAUCAACCCAAUGCCUUUACUAAUCAGUUCUCCUUCAGAUACCUGUAUACGAAUUCCAGUUUGGUGGUGACCUCAAAGAACAUGUGAUGCGAAGGAGACAUGAUAACUGGAUCAAUGCGACACAUAUUCUGAAGGCUGCUGGGUUCGACAAGCCAGCUCGAACCAGAAUUCUCGAACGAGAUGUGCAAAAAGACGUUCACGAGAAAAUCCAAGGUGGCUAUGGAAAAUACCAAGGCACUUGGAUACCACUCGAGAGCGGACAAGCAUUAGCAGAGCGGCACAGCGUAUUCGAUCGAUUGCGACCCAUCUUUGAAUAUGUCGCUGGUGCGGAGAGCCCACCUCCUGCUCCCAGGCAUGCUAGUAAACCCAAGGGACCAAAGUCUAAGCCUCCGCUACCGAAAUGGAACAAUCCGCCUCCAGCUCCUGCUCCUGCGCCCGUAAUUCACGAUGAUCCCGAUACGGUAAUGGGUGACGAAGAUACACCAGAUAACCUCACAGUGGCAUCAGCAUCGUACAUGGCCGAAGACGAACGUUUCGAGAUGCCCCAAGUGCCAGGCACAGGACGGAAACGCAGAAGAGACGACAGCAACCUGCAAGACCUUACCGAGCAACAACAUGCGCUAUAUGGCGACGAACUUCUCGACUACUUCCUCCUCAGUAAAACAGACCAACCAGCAGUGAAGCCUGAUCCACCCGCCAACUUUCAACCUAACUGGCCGAUCGAUGCGGAGGAUCAUACGGCGCUUCACUGGGCGUCCGCAAUGGGAGACGUUGAUGUUGUCAAACAACUCAAGCGAUUUAACGCAUCGUCCACUGUCAGAAACAUACGCGGCGAGACACCGUUCAUGCACUCAGUAAACUUUACGAACUGUUACGAGAAGCAGAGCUUUCCCGUCGUGAUGAAAGAGCUAUUCGAAACAUUCGAUGCUCGUGACAAUAUGGGCUGUACAGUGAUACAUCAUGCGGCUGUUAUGAAGAACGGCAGAGUAUUCAACUCAUCAUGCUCACGAUACUACUUGGACAACAUUCUCAACAAACUUCAGGAGGGCCUAGAACCAAGCGCAUUUCAAAGAUUGCUGGAUGUUCAAGAUAACGACGGAAAUACAGCAUUACACCUUGCAGCGCAGCGGAACGCUAGGAAGUGCAUAAGAGCACUAUUAGGACGCAAUGCUUCAUCGGAUCUUACGAAUAACGACGGAGUCAGGGCAGAGGAUCUUAUUAUGGAUUUGAACGCGACGAAGAAAGAACGUGGACCUCAACGAUCGUCGUCUCCUUUUGCCCCUGAAUCCCAACGACAUGCUUCUUUCAAGGAUGCACUGCUCGAGAAGGCGAAUCGGCAACCCCCGGUGGCUUUCCAGUCCGCGGCAGCAAACACUGUCCAGUCACGGAUCACACCCCUGAUUAUGGAGAAAUUCCAGGAUCUAGCUAAGAGCUACGAAGAGGAAUGGCGGGAGAAGGAUGUAGCAGAGGCAGAGGCGAAGCGAAUCUUGGCCAACACCCAGGCAGAUCUGAAUGCUCUCCGGCAAAACAUAACAGAUGCUGAGGGGCAGCUCGAGUCAGAAGAAGCGGCGUCCAAAAACAACCAAGAAGCCAACCUAGCCAAGCAUCAGGUGCUGUCACUCAUCACACACCAAAACCGCUUACAUGUUCAGCGGUCAGUGGACAGUGAACUCAGCCGCAUCAAUGGCGAUGGAGGCGUGCAGGAAGAGUCAUACGAAGAGAGGCUGAGUCUCGCCCGCCAACUAAGCACAUUGCUUGCUGAGCAACGGACAGCUGAGACGGAUUAUGUCGAGGCGCUGAGCAUGGUGGGCACGGGCGAGAAGAUUGAAAAGUAUAGGAAACUUCUCAAGAGGUGUCUCGAUCCGAAGGAGGGCGAGAGCCUGGACACGAAUCUCGACAGCCUGAUCGAGAUGAUGGAGGAAGAGCGGGACGAGGAUGGUAUGGUUGGCGCUAUGGAGCCCGAACCAAUGGAGCUGUCAGGUGGCAUCUAGGGAACAUCACUGGGCUCUCCGUUGCGGAUCUAGCCCCUUUAUUCUCUUUCUCUUUUGCUUUGACGAAAGUACUUAUAUAUAUCCUUAUUGGUUAGGGGCGCGCAAAGUUACGGGGUUGGUUAAUCCUCUGCUAGUCUUGGGAGGAUUUAGCAGAAGCAGACUUUCUACGAAGGAAUGGGCGAUGGGUGUAUGCAAUUUUGCACGAUAGACCUGAGCGCAAGCGAGGUGAUAGUUGCCUAUGAAAUAUACUUGCUCUUGAACUCAGAACUAGCUUUUUCCGAGGAAGUCGGUCAGUGACACUUGAGAACCAACCACCAGGUCAACGGUCAGAGUUAGUCAACCAAACUAAGAUGCACUGCCGGAGACGGCUUGACGCCAAGGCAUUCGAUAGAGGGGAAAUUCCAAGUUAUCGGAACCGAGGCACUCACUAACUUCCAAGUUGUGAAGAUAGCGCCGAGGCUUGUCAGCCAGCCUCAUGCUUCUGUGCCUUACCGAUUUGCUCAACUUGACCAUAGUACACCAACAAGAGGGGCUCCAGCACCGAUAAUGCGGCUGAUAUUGAUUUCCAGGAGCGGUGGUCCGUGAGUUAUAUUCUCAAAGAGGCUUGGUCAUGCGCAAGCCAUCUUCUUCGUUCCACCUGAGAGAAAUAUGUUAUGGGACAAAAGUUCCUCGAAUCAGAUGGUUCGAAUGAUGUGUAAGGGGACCACCUAUGAUGAGAAGAUAAUUUCGGGGCAGUCAGAAGACCGGUAUCUUCCAGUUCUUGCACAUAACAAGUUUCCCAGAGACCAGCAAAAAGGACUUGCAUGCCACACAGCAAAAGAAUUGAUCACUCGUCAGAAUGACCGUUGUAAUGCGUAAUCUGGGAAUCGAACCCAGGGCUCCCCGACGCUGCACGAAUGGCAACGGAGAAUUUUACCACUAAACCAAUUACGCUGUGGUGUUCGAUGUCUGGUGUAACGUUGUUGAGCCUCAUAUCCCGCUCAUGCAGAUCUCGGCCAUAGUCGCUGUACUUACUUCUUGUUCUCCGGUACAAGGAUCUUGAGAUUUAUUUGCUUUUCCUUAGACAAGAGAUUCGGCUACUGUAGCUGACCGCAUGAGUCUAAAUCAUGUGAGUUCAUCAAUUCAUGUGAAGUCGAUACAUAACCUAAGUGGGUACAAUUCAGCCAAGGUUGAGUUUUUCCGAAGUAAGCAUAAUUAACGGCCAUGAGGAUCGGGCGUUGCGGAGUCAAUGAUGAAGCUCAAUAUCUGGGUUUUAGUGGUAUGGGAUAUCAAGAGGUUGGUUAGAUCCGCGCUUAGGCCAAGCGGUGAGAUGUAAUGGCUGGUUCAUGGUUGGACAUCCCAGGUGGAGCGAAUGUCAUUGUUCAUCGCGAACCAUAGCUUGUGGCGAUGAUGAUUGGGAUGUUGCUUGACGCGCCCGAAUUAUCUGAAACUGGACACGAACGCGAGUAAUUGACCUGUGAGAGUGGCAAGAGUCGUCGCGUAUCUUGCGCAAUCAACGAGGCCGAGCAAUCCGUUGCUGUCGAAUUGCGCCGAGUUUGUUCUCCGUGAGUGUUUUUUGUUGUGCUGCGCCAGUCAGACUUGUGUAAGUCAUUUCCUUGUCAGCAAGACCCACGUCGAAACACGAGGCUGGAGGCAACAAUUUGCCAACUCUCAAAAAGGCAAUUCGAGCGAUGGCGAUGGAUGACUCGAAGCCAAGAAGUGGAAUAAGACAGGUAUUAUACCCUGUGCGCAUAAAGCAUUGGUU